CUAAUCCUUAGUGGCCUAUUGGGAAUCCAGGCUCGACAUUUUGGUGAUUCACUUCACAGCCUUGCUAACGAGAACUGUCUGGUAAUUUUGAACCAUCGUACCAACCUCGACUGGCUUUUUAUCUGGGGCCUAGGCCGAAGGAUCCACCAGCUAAAGAUCUUUCUUAAACGUCAGCUCGGCCCACUCCCAGGAGUCGGUUGGGCCAUGCAGUGUGCCGGCUUUGUUUUUCUCCACCGCCGGCUUGAUCGUGAUCAGAUUCGGCUGGAGCAGGCUAUUAAAUAUCUGGCCAAAUGCAAAGGCCUUGUUCAAUUUAUGCUGUUCCCCGAGGGCACAAUCCUGAACAGCGGGAUGCCUGGCAGUGAUCGCUAUGCCAAGAAGGCGGGUCUACCUAUGCUCAAUUAUGUGCUCCAUCCCAGACAGACUGGCUUUCUAUUUAUCGUUAACAGGAUGCUGGAGUUAGAUAGUCUUAUGUCUGAAAUUAUCUUUCGAGUCAGUGUUCUCCGUCUUUCUUUUGUCAAAGCGAAUUAG